UGUUUUUUUGUUUUGUUUCGAGUGUAAGAGAGAGAAAGAGAGAGAAAGAGAGACACAGAGAUGGCGACUCCCCUGGAGAUGGGAUUUCAGUCUCAACACCGCCGCUACCACAACCACCACCACCACCACCUCCAUUGCUACUGCUUUCAGUUCUUAUACUCAUUCAUCUAGCACCACCUUCUACAUUGCUGUUUUCGGAAGAAGAACAGUUACAGUGCACUCGCAGCCACUGCUACAAGACAGGAGGACUCUGUGAAUCGUUUCGACAUCCUACUAGUUGUUGGUAGCCUGUGGUCUAUUGAGUUUGUCUUCAAGAAGCGUGAUGGGUUCAAGAUACACAUCCCAUCAGCUCAGCAAUGGGCUUUUUGUUUCUGGCCGUCCUGAGCAGCCAAAAGAAAGGACUCCAACAAUGAGCUCAACAGCCAUGCCCUACACAGGCGGGGAUAUCAAGAAGUCUGGAGAACUGGGGAAAAUGUUUGAUAUUCCUACUGAUGGCUCUAAGUCUAGGAAAUCUGGGCCACUUACUAGCGCUCCUUCAAGAACUGGAUCUUUUGGAGGGGCAGGUUCCCAGUCGGGAUCGAUGAUGCCUAAUGCUGCUCCUCGUGGUGGCUAUACAUCAGGACCUUUAUCAUCUGGAGGCUUGCCAACUGGCUCACUGAAGAAGUCAAAUUCUGGGCCAUUGAAUAAGCAUGGGGAGCCCUUAAAGAAGUCAUCUGGUCCUCAAUCUGGUGGAGUGACUAGGCAAAACUCUGGCAGUAUUCCACCUGUUUUACCUGCAACUGGUCUCAUUACGUCUGGGCCUAUUUCUUCAGGACCCCUGAAUUCAUCUGGGGCCCCUCGGAAGGUAUCUGGUUCUUUAGACUCUACUGGGUCUGUCCAAAAACACGGCUCAUCUAUUGCUCACAACCCUGCUGUGACUACUAUUAGUCAAGAUGAUGACUGUUCUUUCACUAGAAACUUCCCGAAGCCCAUAUUGUGGUUGGUGAUUCUGAUAUUUUUGAUGGGGUUCAUUGCUGGUGGUUUUAUUCUCGGAGCUGUCCACAAUGCCAUCCUCCUCAUUGUAGUUGUGAUUCUUUUCAGUGCAGUUGCUGCAAUAUUCAUUUGGAAUAUUUGUUGGGGGGAAAGGGCUAUAAUAAAUUUUAUUGCUAAUUAUCCUGAUACUGAUCUCAGAACUGCGAAAACUGGACAAUAUGUGAAGAUCUCUGGGGUGGUCACCUGUGGUAAUGUUCCCCUAGAAUCAUCCUUCCAAAGAGUUCCUAGAUGUGUCUAUACGUCUACCAGGCUAUACGAGUAUCGAGGAUGUGGUUCAAAACCUGCCAACCCUACACAUCGUCAUUUUACAUGGGGGUUGAGAUCAUCAGAGAGGCAUGUUGUCGACUUCUACAUCUCUGAUUUCCAGUCUGGACUGAGAGCAUUGGUUAAGUCUGGCAAUGGGGCAAGGGUGACUCCUUUUGUAGAUGACUCUUUUGUUAUUGAUGUCAAUCCCGAGAACAAAGACUCAUCUCCAGAGUUCAUGCGAUGGUUGGGACACAAAAAUCUCUCAAGUGAUGAUCGUUUAAUGUCUUUAAAAGAAGGGUACAUCAGGGAAGGCAGUACAGUUAGUAUGAUGGGAGUUGUUCAGAGAGAUGAAAAUGUGCUUAUGAUUGUUCCUCCACCUGAGCCGUUGGCAACUGGAUGGCAAUGGACCAGAUGUAUCUUUCCAGCUAGCCUUGAUGGAAUUGUAUUGAGAUGGGAAGAUUCGUCAAUUGGUGAUGUUAUACCGGUGUAGUUAGUGACUGGAAACUUCCUGCAUUUCCCUUUGCUCGAAAUAUUUUUGCUCCCUCGAGUAUUGUUGAUGGUGAUGGCAGCUGUGGUGAUGGUUUUGCAGUGAUAAAAGUUCCAACUAUGGUUGUUUUUUUUUUUUUUUAACAUUCUUUGUCUUUCCAAAUUUUCUGUAUAGGUUUUGAAGGACGUGGUAUUGUUUUAAGGUUUGGGUUGGCUCCAUGUAUUGGGGGAUUUCUGUUGUUGUUUGAGCAGAUAGCGGUUAUGGAAGUAUAAUUGUAAAAAGUUUUUACUUGGAAUGUUGUAUCUGAAAAUGUCAUCUGUUUAAGCUGGAUUUCACUA